CACUAGGUCCUGAACAUGUUGAUGUAGCUACGACUUUAAAUGAUCUUGGCAAUAUGUAUUAUAAUACCAACAAAUAUCACAAAGCCAAAGAUUGUUAUGAAAAAGCGUUAGAAAUUCGACAAAAAUCACUAGGUCCUGAACAUGUUGAUGUAGCUACGACUUUUAAUGAUCUUGGCAAUAUGUAUUAUAAUACCAACAAAUAUGACAAAGCCAAAGAGUGUUAUGAAAAAGCGUUAGAAAUUCGACAAAAAUCACUAGGUCCUAAACAUGUUGAUGUAGCUACGACUUUAAAUGAUCUUGGCAAUAUGUAUUAUAAUACCAACAAAUAUGACAAAGCCAAAGAGUGUUAUGAAAAAGCGUUAGAAAUUCAACAAAUAUCACUUGGUCCUAAACAUGUUGAUGUAGCUUCGUCUUUAAACAAUCUUCGUUAUUUGUAUUAUUAUACUAAAGAAAGUGACAAAGCAAGAGAAUUUUAUAAAAAAGCGCAGCCAAAUCGAAAAAAAUCAGUUGCUUCCGAUCAUGUCGUUGUUACUGGAUCUUCGAACAGUAUUGAAAUAAAUUCUGAUGAUACUGCUGAUGCUGAAUCCUCUUUAAAUUUACACGUUCAUACGGAGAAAAUAGAAGGAGAAAUUAACCAAAUUCUGCUAGAGAUUUCCCGCGAAAUUCCUGGUAAAUGGAAGAAAUUGGCAAUAUUUCUGAAGGUCAGAGAUGCGACAAUACAAAGAAUUGAACUAAAUCAUCGUGACGUGGUCUGGCAAGGGUUUAAAAUGCUAAAGUGUUGGUUUGAAUCACGAGAAAAUAAGCAGUUGUGGUACGAAGAACUUGCCGCUGCUCUUCGUAAGAUCGAGAAAAAUCGUUUGGCUAAAGACGUUCUUCAUAAAUGUGCAAAUGUUGCUUAAUAUUGUUAAACUAAAAUUAAAAGGUCAUUUGUCCAUUU